AUGUCAGCACGUUACGAUAGAGCUAUUACUGUGUUUUCGCCUGACGGUCACUUGCUGCAAGUUGAAUAUGCUCAGGAAGCUGUUCGUAAAGGAUCUACAGCAGUAGGUGUUAGGGGCGCUGAUGUGGUUGUAUUAGGCGUUGAAAAAAAGUCGGUUGCUAAGCUGCAGGAGGAACGAACUGUAAGAAAAAUAUGCCUUCUUGAUGAUCACGUCGUAAUGGCUUUUGCCGGUUUGACAGCCGAUGCCAGAAUACUUAUCAACAGAGCUCAAAUUGAAUGCCAGUCCCACAAACUUACUGUUGAAGACCCUGUAACUUUAGAGUACAUCACCAGAUAUAUAGCUGGCCUGAAACAAAAGUAUACUCAGAGUAAUGGACGCCGACCAUUCGGAAUUUCAUGUCUUAUAGGUGGAUUUGACUAUGAUGGUCAACCGCAUCUUUUUCAAACUGAACCUUCUGGUAUUUACUAUGAAUGGAAAGCCAAUGCUACAGGCAGAUCUGCAAAGACAGUCCGUGAAUUCCUGGAAAAAAACUACACACAAGAAGAGGUUGCUAAUGAAAAAGGGGCAGUAAAGCUUGCCAUUCGCGCUCUUCUGGAAGUUGUGCAAUCUGGGCAAAAGAAUUUAGAAAUUGCUGUGAUGAGACGUGGACAACCAAUGCAUAUGCUUGAUUUGGAUACCAUCAAUUCAUAUGUUUCUGUAAUUGAAAAAGAAAAAGAGGAAGAAGCAGAAAAGAAAAAGCAGAAAAAGUAG